AUGUCCAAGCCCAAGAACAUCUUUCAAGACAUUGAAAGAGUGGAGAAGUAUGAAGUGAACUUGCUGGACAAAAUUACUUCCCAUGCCCAGGACCUCAGCAAUAUUUCCUUUGGCUAUGAUGAAGCCAACUGCAGCAUCCUGGAGAUCGGGCAGUACGCCACCCUCAACAUCCCCACGAGGGAGGCCUUUGGGGACAGGUUUGCAGACGAGCUGAGUGUGCUGAUGAAACUCAGGUACUCGCUGAAGGAGGACACCAGCCUAGUGACCAUCCUCAGCCAUCGGAGCCACGUGCUCUUCCAGAUCAGGAUUAACCCAUAUGCCUUGGUCUUUGUCACCACAAGGAGGAGACACUAUGAGUUCCCAGUUUCCUUUCUUGGCGACGGGCACUGGCACCAAGUUGCUCUCAGCAUCUCCUUGGAGAGGCUGGAGCUGCACGUGGACUGUCGGCUGGUGGACAGAGUGAGCUGGUCCAAUUAUUUUGGGAUGGGAGUGAACACCGAGGGGCUGAUCAUCGUUGGAGGCCUGAUUGAAUCCUUCGAGAUCCCCUUUAAGGGUGCUCUACAGCAACUGACCUUCGUGAUGGGAGACCCAGCAGCUGCUGGGGAGCACUGCCGCAGCUACAACUCAACCUGCACUCGCUCCUUCAACCUCAACCGCUUUGGUUCCCCAUGGCAGCUCUCACCAGCCUGGCCAGAGGUGCCGAAAGAAACCAAUGAAAUCCAGGCCUCGUCUGCUCAGGACCCCAGACUCACCAGUUCAGAUUUGGCCCUGGGGCCACCUUGGACGUGGGAGAAUGCCCAGGAGACCCUCAGCCUUCAGCCUGAUGGAGCCCUGAUUUCUCUCUCUCCUACCGAGAUGCCAUCGGCUGAGGAGGAGGAAGAGGGAAGCCUUUCUAUUGAGGAUGAAGGCUUUGAGCUGCUGAAUUCCACCUAUAAUAAAAUCACCGGCCCUGGCAGGCCAGGGUUUGGCAGGAGCAGCCCAUGGGUUGUUGAUAGCUCUGGUCCCUCCAUCAAAACACAAAGAGCAGCCAAGAAGGAGCGUGCCUCUGACCCCUGGGAGGAGAACGUCACCACAGAGAAGCUGACGGGUGACACAGGCACCCGGCGGCAGCUCUUGCCCAGCAAACCUGGCGAUGCCAUCACUGAUCUGGAUGUGCCUGCCACCUUCACCAAGGUCUCCCCAUCGGGACAUCAGGCAGCUGCCCCAAAAGGUCCACUGGGGACGGGGUCAGCGGUGGGUGUUCCGGAGUCUCCUCUGGUAGCACCCAGCCCUGCUGUCCCAGGGCUUGGGGACAGCGUUGCCCACCCAGGACAUCCCAUCCCACCAGUGGCACAUGGGCAGCAUGGUCAUGUGAAGCCAGGGCCACCAGGGCUGCCAGGACCACCAGGGCUGCCGGGCUGUCCUGGGAGACGUGGACUGGUGGGACCCAAAGGAGACAAAGGAUACCCCGGAGCCAUGGGGCGGACGGGCCCCCCAGGUGACCCAGGCCCUGUGGGCAUCCCUGGUGUCCCCACCAUCGUCCUCUGGAGGAACUCCAGGGAGGACUGGCAGACAUUCACGCAAUCAUCGUUUUACCAGCUCCUACACGCAGGCUGGCCGAGAAAACCCGGUGCGCCCGGGCCCCCAGGACAUCCUGGGAAAACAGGAGCACCCGGACCCUGCGGAGAGCCAGGGGAGCCGGGGGAGAAAGGCCAGCGGGGGUACACGGGUGAACCCGGGCUCCAGGGCCUGCCAGGACGUGUGGGUUACCCCGGCUCAGAUGGAUUCCCUGGCCUGGAUGGCAAACCUGGCCCAUGGGGACUGCCAGGAGAGCAGGGACUGCAGGGCUUCCAGGGUGACCGGGGGCUGGCUGGCGAGAAGGGAGAAGAGGGUUUCUUGGGUGACCCUGGACCGGUUGGGGAGAAAGGAGAGAAGGGAGCGAAGGGGGUGAAGGGAGAAAAUGGCCUGCCAGGUCCUGCUGGGCUUCACGGGAUGGCAGGUCUGAAGGGUGCGAUGGGCUUCCAGGGCCCCAUGGGGCCAGAGGGAGAAGGUGGCUCAGUGGGUCCCCCAGGACCUGUCGGCCCCAUGGGAGAGCCAGGCCAGCCAGGAUCCGUUGGAUGCCAAGGUGUCAAUGGCUCUCAGGGAGAAAUGGGUCCUCCUGGUUUGCCUGGUCCCCAGGGCCCCAAGGGACCACAGGGCUUGCAGGGGAGACGUGGCCCCCCCGGUCCCAGAGGCACACAGGGUCCAGCUGGGAUGGAGGGAUCUGCUGGUCCCAAAGGAGACACCGGCACAGACGGUGUCCCCGGGCCGAGGGGACAGCUGGGCCAGGAGGGCCCUGGGGGGUUCAUUGGCCUGCCAGGUUCAAAAGGCACCCAAGGAGAGCGGGGCUGUCGAGGUCCAACUGGAGCCAAGGGAGACCUGGGAGCCAAAGGAGACAAGGGUCCAUACGGAGCACAAGGAGCCAAAGGCCCCCCGGGGAUUCGGGGACAGGUUGGUUUGCAGGGCUUUCCUGGCCCCCGAGGAGCAGCGGGACCCCAGGGACCAGAGGGGGAAGAAGGCCAGAUCGGUCCGGUGGGGCUGAACAGCAGCGAGGGACCCAAGGGAGGCCGAGGACCUGAUGGCCCGAAGGGAAGCCCAGGACCGCGGGGAGCCCGGGGCCGCGUGGGUCAGCGUGGGCUGGUCGGUGUCCCUGGGCUGCCUGGCUUGCGGGGCGUCCUGGGAGUGGAAGGUGCAGAAGGAAAGCCUGGUACACAGGGUUCUCCAGGGACCGUAGGCAGCCCAGGCAGGAGAGGACUACCGGGUUUUGCUGGCUUGCAGGGGGGCCACGGGCACACAGGACCUCCAGGAUCCAUAGGUUCUCUGGGAAAACCUGGACCUGAUGGAGACCCAGGUUCCCCAGGCCCAAAGGGUCUACCUGGGAAGCCUGGCUCCGAGGGGCCACAAGGACCUGUUGGCACCUACGGCUACCCGGGACCUGCCGGUGACCGCGGGAGGCCGGGACGCAGGGGAGACAAGGGAGAAAUGGGAGCCCAAGGCCCACCGGGGUUUCCAGGAAAAGCUGGUCCCAAGGCCCUGCCAGGUCCCCCUGGUCCACGUGGAGCUCCCGGCUCCCAGGGCAGAGCAGGAGACCCGGGUCCUCGAGGGCUUCCAGGGCUGCCUGGUGUUCCUGGCCCACGGGGGCUGGAUGGCAUCCCCGGAAAGCCUGGCUCAGCAGGAGAAGUGGGGGCUCCCGGAGAAGCUGGUGCUGCUGGCCCACCUGGGUACCCGGGCCGAGAAGGUCCAAAUGGACCUGAAGGGCCUUCGGGGAUGAGAGGAGAGAAGGGUGAUGUGGGAGACCCUGGGGAAGCCGGCGUGAGCGGGCUGGAUGGCCAGCAGGGACCACCAGGACCACCAGGAGCAGAGGGUCAGCUGGGGCCCAAAGGAGAGCAGGGAGAGGCAGGAACCUGUGGAGCUCCAGGCACCAGAGGGGACCCCGGGGAGCCAGGGGACAAUGGGCCAGUGGGGCCACCAGGGAGGCCCGGGGAGCAAGGAAAGGAGGGUGACGCUGGUGACGCUGGAGACCCGGGUGAGCCAGGACCCCAGGGACAGAAGGGCGACGCUGGUCCCAGGGGCCUUCCUGGAACACCUGGCCCAGGAGCUGCUACGGGGGAAAUUGGAGAAAAAGGCCACAAAGGAGAGAAGGGGCAAGAAGGUUUGCUGGGCCAGGUUGGUGUCACUGGAGCUGCGGGACCUGCUGGAGCCAGAGGAUGGUUUGGUGGGACGGGUCUCCGAGGUCCUCCUGGGCUUGACGGUCCCGAGGGAGCAAAGGGAGAUCCAGGACCACGAGGCAUGGAUGGACCUACAGGUGCUGCAGGAUUAGAGGGACUCGCUGGAGAGGACGGCCUCAAGGGAGAUGCUGGCAAGCCUGGUCCAGUGGGCGCAGUGGGUGCCCGGGGACCGGCGGGCAGCCCCGGGCUCCGGGGUUUCACCGGGCACGAAGGAGCCAGAGGAGCCGUGGGCACCAAGGGAGAGCUGGGCCGGCAGGGUCUUCUGGGGCCACCAGGUGAAGCUGGACCCACAGGACCGAGUGGCACUGAGGGCCUGACGGGUGCAAAAGGGGAGGCGGGCAAGCCAGGACAACUGGGGCAAAUGGGGUCUCCAGGACAAGCUGGUCCUAGAGGGCGGAAAGGUCGCAAAGGAGAAAAGGGCAAUGUGGGGCACAAAGGGGAAGAAGGGGUCCCCGGAGAAGCUGGCAGACGGGGCAAGCGAGGGAAGGCCGGCCACCGGCCCCCGAGAGGUCCCCGGGGACCCAAGGGCUACCCAGGUGAUGAUGGGCUGGAAGGACCCCAGGGGCCCCAGGGACCCUACGGCAUCCCAGGGCUGAAGGGCAUGAAAGGAGACCCCGGACCCAAAGGACACAAGGGCGACAAGGGCAGCAUGGGCGACCUGGGCCAGCAAGGGGAUGAUGGCUUCAAGGGCAAGCCAGGACCGCACGGCAUCCCCGGGAGGCCAGGACCCAAGGGACAGCAGGGUGAUGCUGGCCCCCCCGGCCCACGGGGACACCCUGGCAUCCCUGGGGCACCGGGCUUGUCUGGACCCAAAGGGUUGAAAGGCUUCCCAGGGCUGCCAGGACCCAGGGGCACACCAGGACCACCGGGUGUUGCUGGUCCCCCUGGUCCCCGUGGACCCACGCUGAUGCUGUCCCAGGAGGAGCUGCGGCACCUAAUUUAUCCCUCCAACCACCUGAAUUACACGGCGGUCUGGGCUCUGCUGGACACCCUGAGCCAGGAACUGCAAGCCCUCAUCCAGCAUCCAAAUGGCACCAAAACCAACCCGGCGACCACCUGCAAGGAGCUGCUGUUGGCUCAUCCCAGCCUCCCUGAUGGGCAAUACUACAUCGACCCCAACCAGGGCAGCCCCCAAGAUGCACUGGUGGCCUUCUGCAACUUCACGGCAGGGGGGGGGACCUGCAUAGCCCCCGUCCACAACCAGGUCCCCAUCAAGGCUUGGCUGAGCACCUACACCUCCGAGGACACCUUUGAGUGGUUCAGCACCCUGCCUGGGGGCUUCCUGCUGGAGUACACAGGGGCCAGCUCCGUGCAGCUCCGUUUCCUCCGCCUGCACAGCCACUUGGCCACCCAGAAGGUCUCCUACUCCUGCAGACCAGUCCCUGAGCAGGGCCAGCCCCAGCUGGAGAAGGAGAUCCGCUUCCUGGCCGAUUCCCGGGAGCAGAGCUAUGCAGCCAGCCUGCAAGGCUGCGUGCUGGACAACGAGUCCUCCAUCACCGACACCAUCUUCCAGUUCGCCACUGAGGAGCUCUCCCUGCUGCCCCUGAGGGACCUGGCCGUCUUUCACAACGGCGACACCUCCCACCAGUUUGGUUUCACAGUCGGACCAGUUUGCUUCAGCUGAAACCCGUGACACCCAGACUGAGCCAACUGGUUCCCUCCUCACCCGAGACCUGUCCUGCUGGGGACGUGCUGGGAGGCUGGGGGGUGGCACCGGGCUCCCACCCACUCCCUGGAGCUCCCGGUCCUCUCUGAGACACGUGUUUGUAGCUGCAAUUAUGCCACGGACUACACUUCCUUCUGGAGUAGAAGAAUAUUGUUUA